GUUCAAACCGACCAUCAUUGGGCUGCGCCGCGGCGGACAAAUUACGCGCCGACUCCUCCACACGGCGGGACCAUUUGUCCAUUCCUUAACAUCCCGCACGAUGCAAACUUCGUCAUCUCUGAUUGCUCAUGCACAACAUCACCCCGGCACUGAAGCCGUCACGUUGCAGUUCACAUUGAAAGGGAUCGACAGGCAACUUGUGCGACGGGUCGACGAAGAGCUCAGUCGUGUCCUUGUCCGCAUCGAACGGCUUGUGAACCCGAUUGAGAAAAAACGAGGCUUUAAGUCCUCGACGAAGACGCCGAAACCUUCGACCAUGGCACUCAUGAAAGCAGCCGCCGUGAUUCAAUUCAAAACGGGGAAUCAUGCCGUCCUUCCCCCAACGCUGCCCGUCCUCGAUGCGCUUUAUGCGGCAGCGUACUUUUGCAUCAACGAAGUUACGUACCAUAUCAUCCACAAUGAGCCCCGUGUCAACGCGAUUGCGACCGUCGACAAGCACUUCAACGGUAUCUCAAUCCGACCCUCAAUUGACUUGAUCUUUUGCACUCCAGACGAAUGUACGUGGACCUGGCAUCGUGGUGACGUCCUCGUUGGUUCCAGUUUUGUUUAUACACCGACAUCUGACGAUGUCGGCCACGCUCUGACCAUUGCAUGCACGCCGCCGCCGUCUCCAGAUGCAUCUCCCACUCGAGUACCGAUCGAACCCGUUGUUGUGCACACGUCAGUCGUGCAGGCAUGUCCCGACCGGUCUGUCUUCGGUCCGCGACAGAUUUUGGGUCGCGUGCCUCCAUCCAACGACGGUCUUCGUCUCAUGACGUACAAUAUCCUGUACUCCAAAUAUGCCCGCGCCGACCGCGAAUUCAAUCGCAUGUAUCCGUUCGCGGCACCCGGGGUGCUUCAAGAAGCCUAUCGCAUGCCGCUGGUCGCGCUCGAGCUUUUGGAAUCACGUCCGGACGUCGUGUGCCUCCAAGAGAUGGGGGAAACCAUUUGCAGAUCGUACUUUGAACCAUUGCUGGCGCAUCAUGGGUACAAAGGCGUGUACGCUGGCAAAGCCGGGUCGACUCCCGAAGGAUGUGCGAUUUUUGCUCGAAACGAUACCUUUGAAGCAGUUGAGACGGAGGUGGUGGCAUUUAGUGCAGCCAUCGAUUCGCUUCCUAGAGACUCCGCCAUCACCGCCUUCCUCCACUGCCACCCCCAAGUUGAUGCUGCCAUUCGUCAAGUGCCGUCUGUCGGCCAGAUUGUGACCCUACUCGACAAGCGGCAUGGACACGUCGUCCUGGUGGCCAACACCCACAUGUUCUAUCGGGCAGACGCCAACAUUGUUCGGCUGGUGCAAGCAGCGCUGUUCACGGCCGCGAUUGAAGCCACGGUCGCUCGGUUGAGCGACAAUGGAGCCACCAAAGUCCGUGUCGUCGUGGCUGGAGAUCUGAACGCCCGACCUAUGACGUCGUCUAUCCAGUUUUUGCUGAACGGUCACGUCGGAUGUGACCACGACGAUUGGCAGCAGGCGCGUGCAUUUCGAUGGACUGACCGAGACAUCGACGACAGCGGACGUCCGUCCGAGGGAACGAUGGACGUGCCGACGCAGUUUUCGCACAUCCUAAAGCUGCGUCGCGCCGUCGAGACUGAAUUCACGACUUACCUGAGGAACCACGAGUUCACGUUCCAGGACACGUUGGACUACAUAUUGGUCGACCCGACCUCGUUCCGCGUCGUGCAGCAAUUCCCCCUCUUCACGCUCGAACAAGUCGACUCGGAGAAGUCCCUGCCCUCGACGGUGUUUCCGUCGGACCACGUGUCCAUCGUCUGCGACGUCGAGUACACAUAGCGGCGGUUGCAUCACCAGAGCAUAGACCUCGAACAGCCAUCGUUCAGUCGAACGGUUAGAUCGAGAAAUGAAAGGUCUUGGCGCACUUCGAUCGCGCUCUUCGGGCCUUGGCACCCCAUCGUCGUUCCCAGCCCACCGUUCAGCUUUAAGAUGACCUGCCACGCAUGAGUUCUCGGUGAAUACAUCUGAAUCUAGAA